AUGUCGUGGGGUGAAUAUGCCAGGCCUCCACCAAUUAUUAUUUUUAAGGUUUCGAUUGAGCUUAAAUAUGGACUAAUACAUUUAUUGUCAUCUUUCCAUGGCUUGGCAGGGGAGGAACCACACAAGCACUUGCAGGAAUUCAAUGUGGUGUGUACGAGCAUGAAACCAGCGGGAAUCACUGAGGAGCAGAUAAAACUCCGAGCUUUUCCAUUCUCCUUGAAAGAUGCAGCCAAGGGUUGGUUGUUCAACUUGCCCGCCGGGAGUGUGACCACGUGGAUGGAUAUGAAGCGCAAGUUCCUUGAAAGUGGAGGCGCUUUAAUGAUUAAUACUCCGAGAGAAGCUUGGGAAUUGCUUAAUGAUAUGGCCAUGAACUCUCAACAAUUUGGGCCGAGGGAAACUUGCUCAAGAGACGAGAACAAGCAUAAAGAACUUGGAAGAUCAGAUGUCUCAAGUCGUGAAAUAGGUGUGUGA